CUCUAGCCUCUCUAGUAGUCUUAUGCAACAAUGUAGCUAGGAGAGCUGUAAAUACAUUCGCUUCGACCAAAUAGAAUUUAGUCUCUAGCCAGAAACGGUCAGGCUUACGGUCGAUUCUCUACUGGUAUAGUAAAAUUCGUUUUGCGCCUCGAAUAGGUCUUCUACCAAGUUCUACCACGUUCUACUUGAAACGCUUGAAACAGUCGCGCUUCGGCCGCUAUGUGGGAGACACGUGUACGCCAUGCCUUGUAAUGGCCUUCAGUACGGAUACAAAACGGUGUCUGAUAAACUUUAUGUUGCCCUAAGUUCUUUAAAUAAAAUUGUGAAAGUUCGCUUUGUUUUGUUUGUUGUGAUAGUGGUAAUAACAUCGGAAAUCGCUCCAACGGCGCACGCCAAGUAUUGCCAAACAAUAAAAGCAAGAAACAAGAUAGCGAAUAUAGAGAGUAGCCUAAGAGGUUGUGUGGUGAUCGUGGGUAACCUCGAACUCGUGCUCUUCGAUAGAACCACCACAGACGAUUUUGCGAAAGUUUCCUUUCCGGAAUUAAGAGAAAUCACCGGUAUACUUCUCGUUUAUCAAGUGUUUGGUUUAAGAAGUCUUGGAAAUCUAUUACCUAACCUUAAGUUUAUCCAUGGGCAAGGUUUGUUUCGAAGUUUCGCCCUUAUCAUUCAUAACGUUCCUGAUUUAAUUGAGAUUGGGCUGAGUAACUUGGUUAGUAUAGAACAAGGAGGUGUGAGGAUUCAAGGUGCUCCUAAAUUAGGCUACAUUUUCACUAUUGAUUGGUCAAAAAUCACUAAGUAUCAAAAUGUUACCGUUGAAAAAAUGAAUGUUACAACCGAUUUUGCACCAUGUCCCGAAGUAUGUAAUGGGUUUUGUUGGAAUAGCACAACUUGCCAAACUUGUAUGGAUAAUAAUUCAAGUGAAAAAUGUAAUGUUUGUCGAAGAUAUACGUAUGAAGGAAAAUGUGUCGAUGACUGCCCUAAAAAUAAGUACAAAUUGGGGUUCACCUGCGUAAGUUUUGAGGAAUGCAGGAAUUUCACCGGAAAAGAUAUGUAUAUAUUAGAAACAAAUUGCACCGAACGUUGUCCGAAAUAUCAUCAUAUCACCAACGAUAAUCAAUGUCAACCUUGUGGGAGAAACAGUACUCAUUCAAAUAACGCAAACAAUUUAAUUAAUAAAGUUUCAAAUAACAUCGCACAUUCAGUCCCAUGCCACAAGGUAUGCAAUGAAACCGUCGUAGAUAACAUUGGAACUCUUCACAAACUCGAAGGAUGCACAAUAAUAAACGGUUCUUUAACCAUAAACGGAAGAUACAAUUUUAAUUUACAACCCAAGCAAAUUGAUGAAUUAAUACUUUCUUUACCGUUUUAUUUGGACCAAAUAAAAGAAAUAACCGGCUCGUUAAAAAUCCAACAAAUGGAGAAACUAAAAAAUCUUCACUUUUUAAGUAGCCUCGAAAAAAUCGGAACUAACAUAACACAAAAAGAAUACGCUUUAUAUUUGGUCGAUAAUUUAAAACUAAACGAUUUAUUCUCGCCCAAAGUCACGGAAAAUCUUCAAAUUGGAAAUGGGUCUCUUUCGAUUCAUUAUAAUCCAUUACUUUGUUUACAAACCAUCGAAAAUUUAACAAUGCAUGUUAAUAAACUAGAUAGCUACACAAACAAUGUUGAUAUUUCCCUCGAAUCAAACGGCGAAAAAGCUAUUUGCCACGAAACGAAUAUGCACGUUAUUAUAACAAAUAGGAGUUCUAAUAAUAUAACUUUAAAAUGGGACAAACAAUCCGAUUUGAAAUCGAACCAAACCGUUUAUUUCGUUUAUUACGCUUUAGCUUCGCGUGCAUAUCAAAGUGUUUCUGGAUGCGAUAAUGCGUGGAGCUCGGAAUUAACUACGUCUGAAACGAUAACUUUAAAAAAUUUGGAGCCGUUUUCAACUUACACUUAUUAUAUUUCCGCGUAUGUAUCAACCGAUAAACCUUCUGAUCGUAAAGAUACAGCCCACGCAAACUUUUCAACUUUACCAGACGAUCCUUCACCUCCACAAAACUUUAACAUUACUCCAAUAAGUAGUAGUGACGUUUUUCUUAGUUGGUCCCCUCCAGAAGUUUAUAACGGGGACCUUUCGGGUUAUAAAUUAUACGUUUAUGCGGAACCAGAUAAUCCCGCGUUAAUCUUAGAAAGAGAUUAUUGUAAAUUUCCACACGAUUGGCCCAAAACGAUGGAAUUUGAAUACACCGAAGAAGUCGAUAAAUGCGAUUGUGAAACCAGAGAGAACACAAUGAACGUAUUUGACCAGUUAUGUUAUCAUUCGGUGUUUGGAGAUAACGAAAACUGCCAAUUAUACAGCGAUAAUCUUUUUCUGGGUGAGAAACGAAGACGAUCUAAUGAAUUUCCGAUUGCGAAAACAAUCGAGCAUGACGAGAUGUACAUGGUGUUUAAUAUAAACGCAUCAUCUAAUAAUUACACUUUAAGUAAUUUAGAACAAUUCACGCUGUAUGUUUUUUUAUUUUCCGCUUGUAAUCAUCCGCCUAAUUUAACACUUGAAGAGUUAUCAUCGAACGAACAAUUGCAAAAAAAGAUUUAUUGUAGUUCGAUCCUUAUGAAAACCGCGAGAACUUUAGAAAAUGAAACGGCGGAUAUCGUUAAAACCAUCACUUAUUAUACAAACGAUGAAGACUGCAUUCUCAAUUGGUCCGAACCAAGCCAUCCAAACCAAGUUAUAGUUUCUUAUGAAAUAGAAUGUAACACAACCAUCGAAUCACAAAGCUUUUUUCACAGCAAACAUUGUUUGCGAAAAGAGAAACAAAACAAUCAAAGCAGUUAUAUCCUACGCAAUUUAGAACCUCACAAUUAUUCAUGCACGAUAUAUUCAGUGAGUUUGGCGGGAAAAAGCAAAUUAGGACCUACAAUCUCUUUUAUUAUACAUAGUCAUUCCGAUAACAAGUCAAUGGUGAUUACGUUCUCGGUUUUAAGCGCUUUGGCAAUCAUCGCCGCAGCUGUUGCUUUUUGGUUUUAUCGAAAACACGUACAAGAAGAGAAUUUUAAAAAUUUACGCAUGUUUGCAUCUAUUAAUCCCGAAUAUGCGGGCGCUAUGUACGAACCGGAUGAAUGGGAAAUGGAAAGAGAAAACAUUGAGAUUUUAAAGGAAUUGGGUCAAGGUUCGUUUGGGAUGGUUUGCAGCGGAUUUAUUAAGUCGCAAAAUAUUCCGUGCGCUGUAAAAACGGUAAAUGAACAUUGCCAGCACAAAGAUUGUAUGCAAUUUUUAAACGAAGCUUCUAUUAUGAAAUCGUUUAAUAGUGCUCAUCAUGUUGUUAAAUUAUUGGGAGUUGUAUCUAAAGGAAAUCCUCCUUUGGUUAUUAUGGAAUUAAUGGCUCGAGGUGAUUUAAAAAGUUAUUUGCGACGUUCUCGGGAAUCGUCACAUGAUAUCACAUGCGUUGAAAUGUAUCGAAUGGCCGCUGAAAUUGCUGAUGGGAUGUUGUAUUUAUCAGCGAAAAAAUUUAUUCAUCGUGAUUUAGCUGCGAGAAAUUGCAUGGUUUCUGCUGAUCAUACGGUUAAAAUCGGCGACUUUGGAAUGGCUAAAGAUAUUUAUAUAACCGAUUAUUAUCGUCAAGCUUCUAAAGGAAUGAUGCCUGUCAGGUGGAUGUCUCCAGAAAGCUUAGCUGACGGAGUAUUUACCUCCGAUUCAGACGUUUGGAGUUACGGAGUCGUUUUAUGGGAAAUGUCGACUUUAGCAGAACAACCAUAUCAAGGUCUCGCGAACGAACAAGUUAUCCAAUUUAUCGUCGCAAAAGGCACAUUAGAACGACCGUCCGAUUGCCCGGAUCUUCUUUACGAAAUUAUGCAAGUUUGCUGGAAAUGGAAACCGGUUGAUAGACCGCGUUUUACAGAUAUUGUUGCUAAAUUAGAAAAUCAUAUACGAGAAGAUUUCAGAUUAGUUUCAUUCUAUCAUUGCAGAGAAGGCGAAGAGUUUCGGAUGAAUAAUAGAGAACGAAUUGUUAAUCCACCCGCUUUAUUGCGAAUACCAGUUGAAGAUGAAUACGUUGGGAUGCAUUGGAAUGCAUCCGAUGAUGAUGAAGUUAGCUUAUACUCGGGAAAACCAAAAAAUAGUUUAUUACACCGAUCGAAGACAUCCUCAAAUUUCAGACUGAAUUCCAGUACACCUAAGAAAAGCUUCUCUAGUAAAUCUAUGACUCCGUCAUAAAUCUGAUUUUUUAAAAAUGUAUUAAAUGAAUGUGAUAUCAUAUUAGUAGUCAUUAGAGGUAAAAGUAAGUUUAUAAAUUAAUUAAGAAUAUUUUUAUUAAAAUUUCAAUUAAAAAUCGUCAAUUUACGUACCAUAAAAAAUAUUCAAUUCAAUUCAUAAUCGAGCUUUUUUUGAUACGCUUUAUUUCUUAUGCAAUAAUGCCAGAUUAUUUUUGUUAUUAAAUUUUCGUGCAAAUUUGUAAAUAAACCCGCUUAGAUAGGUAUAAUUCGCUUAAUAAAAGUUUUAACUCAUUUAUAUCAAUUAAUAUUAACCCAAUAAUUAAUUAUAUUAAUUAAUUACAAUUUGUUCGUGGUUACCUACUGUUUUUAAAGCAGUUACCAGUGGAUUCUAGUCAAAUAAAAAUUGUAAUUUUCCACUAUGCAAUUUUUAAUUUACACGUUCUUUAUGUAUAUAAAUGGGUUAAAAUAUUGUGCAUGCGCACUACCAUCAGGAAAUUUGUCGUACCUGGGUAGAUAAAAUAAUUGUUAUCGAUUUAAAUUAAGAAUCACAAGUUUACAAGGUUUUGGACACGUCAUUUUUGGUACAAAUACGAAGUGUUCAAUAAUAAAAAUGUUGAAAUUAUAAUUAAACAUAAAAUAAAUACAUUUUUCAUUGAAACUAAAUUAUCACCCCAAUAAAAUUACCGUGAAUAUAAAAAUGGGUGUUUUAAAGUUUAAUUUGAGAUAUAGAACGUUUCAGAAUUCUCAUAAAUAAAGAUUUGGUGUUGAUUUAAAGUUUUCAUUGUUUCGAGUGAAUAAUCUUAAAAAACAAUAGUUUUUCUUCUAAAUUUCAGUAUUAACCCCAUUAAAACGAUUAUCUAUCUUAAAAUAGAUGUUUUAAAGUUUAAUUUGAGAUAUAAAACGUUUCAAAUUUCUCAUAAAUAAAGAUUGGGCGUUGAUUUAAAGUUUUCAUUGUUUCGAGUGAAUAAUCUUAAAAUGCAAUCAUUAUAUAAAAAUGUUUAUCUUCAAAAUUUGAUUAUUAACCCCAAUAAAACGAUUAUCUAUCUUAAAAUAGAUGUUUUAAAGUUUAAUUUGAGAUAUAGAACAUUUCAGAAUUCUCAUAAAUAAAGAUUGGGCGUUGAUUUAAAGUUUUCAUUGUUUCGAGUGAAUAAUCUUAAAAUGCAAUCAUUACAUAAAAACGUUUAUCUUCAAAAUUUGAUUAUUAACCCCAAUAAAACGAUUAUCUAUCUUAAAAUAGAUAUUUUAAACUUUAAUUUAAGAUAUAAAACAUUUUAGAAUUCUCAUAAAUAAAGAUUGGGCGUUGAUUU